ACCUGUGAUCAUCUAACAUAAUUUAAAAAAAUCUUUACAGAAGUAUUGAUUGUAACACAGUGUUCAAAAAAACAUGCUAGAUUUAAACUACUUCUCAGUGCUAGCAGUGAUUCACACACCAUACUUGGUACUGCUGCCACAACACGUUUUAGCAAGAGGAAGUGUUAUGAGCCAAAAUUACUGCUUCCCCAGCAGUGCCUCAUCAUCCAAGUGAGAAAAGCACUUAUUUCCCCACUAGCGCAGGUAAACACUCAUCCCCCUGCAAGAAGGGCUGUCCUGAGCAGACCCUCACUCACGAUGCCUAAGCUCCUCCUCCGGCUUGAUUCUGCUCCCCCCAGGAGGCUUCAGGGGCAAGGCCUAGCAAGAGGCAAUCUCCGAACACCACGGCAUCAUGUAGCAACCACUUAUUUAACCCGGGACACGGUCUCUGAUGCAAAAGCACGUGGCAGGACGAAUACCAGGUGCAAGUUAUCCUUGCAGUGCUAAGACCACCGGGCGGCUGCUCUUCUCGUACCACCAGACAGAAACUGCCUUCCAAAGAAAACCAGAGUUGGGCUGUAGGGCCCUGACUCUCCAGGUCACUGAAGGGAUGGCAUCAUCUAGAAGGCCCAACCAGGAGAUUUACAGUUCACCUUUUGGACAAGUGGAGGAGGAAGUCCACUCUGCCUUUGGACUACUGAGAGAUAAAGAUGGUUCCCAGAAAUCUGGUCCCCUACACAGCAGCUAUGCUUUGCAGAGGACAGCUGUGAGGGGCGGAGCCUGGAGCCAUGUGAGCGUGUCUAGGUUAUUCUGUACAACCUCACGUCAUUGCUGGGGGGCAGAAGUAAGGGAUUCACGAGAAGCAGAGGGGGAGGGGAGCGGCUUGUGUUUUCUCUUUAGUGGGAGUACUAAAUCGGCAGUACCAUUCCUAAACCGUGCGGCAGAAUGCAAUGUAUAAGCUAAGAGCCAAAGAAAGAGAAGCUUUGGACCAAACAACUUUUGAAUGAACAGAGGCAACACUUCCUCUUCCAACUAUCUUCUGUCAUAACCAUGGAGAACCAUCUGAUGAAAAAUAGGCACAGUUCAGCAAAGAUGGUAAAUUCAUAUGGGGUUGUGGGUUGUCCCUCAUUACGGGGAUACCCUGUAAUAUGAGAGCUGUGUUUUGUGAGCCUCUUUAAUAGUUAUUGCACUAUGAGGACCUGGGAGUGGGAAAAGUAACUCACUUCUUACAUUUAUUUAUUGUCACGUCCUUUGAAAUAGCAUGAGAUAAGUAGUGGUGUGGUGCAUGCCACGUUUAACAACUGACUAUUCUGAUGGUACGCUUCUUGGAAUAAGAAAUAAAAAUAGAGUGUAAGUAGAAUAGGACUAAGACAUUAUAUAGAUCUGUAUCUAAAAAGCAUGGCAAUGGAAACAUAUCAUUAUAUUAAUGUUUUAUU